UUAUCAGUUCAAAUUUCUACUGUUUGGCAGCAUUUGAAACCGAUUAUGUCUCCUCUAAUGGUUCUUUUAGUAGUUUUUGUUGCUACCAAUGCAGCAAUCGCCCAGUAUUAUGGGCAUGGUCAUGAAGAUCAUCAUACUGUUCCCCAUUACCAGUUUGAGUACGGUGUUCAUGAUCCGCAUACUCAUGACAUCAAGGCCCAACAUGAACAUCGGGAUCAUGAUCAUGUUCAAGGCGGCUACACCUUUAAGGAGGCGGAUGGCACGCAAAGAGUGGUCGAAUACACUUCUGGACCUCAUUCAGGAUUCCAGGCCGUGGUUAGAAGAAUCGGACACGCUCAACAUCCAGCUCAUUAUGGAAAACAUGGAUAUGGCGGCAUUGGUGGAACCAGUUAUGUUGAUGUCACUCACUGGGGGCAUGGAUCUGGUCGCACAAAUUCUAUAUAUAUAAGCGUAGACAGUUUCGGUUUCAGUAACAUUUCUCUUCACACUAUACGGUUUGUAACUUACAGUGCAAUGUCGAUAACAUUGAUUCUUUGCGUCUCAUUAGGAGUGAUAGGAGCUUACGGUUCGGUGUUGGUUCCUGGAUAUGAAGCAGGAUCACUUUAUUCUGGAUACCAGGGAGAAUAUGCUGGAAAAUAUGAUAACUAUAAAAAAUCCUACGCUUUCGAAUACGGUGUAUCCGACCCCCAUACCGGUGACCAUAAAUCCCAAUGGGAAACCAAAGACAAAGAAGGCACAGUGAGAGGAAGCUACAGCCUGCUGGAACCUGACGGUACCACCAGAAUUGUAGACUACAUUGCAGACGAACAUGGUUUUAGAGCGGUAGUGAAAAAAGUUGGAGUCCAUGGAACCAGCGUGGAAACUCAUGGAGGAGCUGAACACGAUGUUUCCCCGGUUGCAGUAGCCGCCCCGAUCGACUACCAGCAGACAGUGAUCGAAGAACCGGUGGCCUACAAGAGCUACGAUGGAGGAUACGAAGAUUACAGUGGGCUGAAGGCAAUCGCAGCUGAUGUUUAUACCAAACCCCUGGAAUACAUCUCUGCGCCUAAGGCUGAACUGCUUAUUAAUGUUCCAGAACAGAAGCUGGAAUAUGAAGGUUCUUAUGCGGCAGAAGAGCCACAUCAACCCAAAUUUGCGCUACCUGAAGAAUACUGGAAGCCCGAGUAUAUUCCCGAAGAAAAAUAUGUCCUGCCCCAAGCAUACAGCCAGUCUGGUGCUGGAUACGCUCUUCCAGCCCCUAAGCAGAUUCAGGAAUAUUUGGUUCAACAAUACAAAGCCCCUGAGCAGUAUGUGUCAGCUCCUCAAUACAAAGAGUACACAGUACCUCAAGUGGCCAGAGAAUAUGUUCCUCUGGAACACGCUCCUUACUCAUAUGUACAAGAGCACAGAUAUAACACUCCAAAGGGAAAAGCUAUAUUAGUGGAAGCUCCACAGGUCCACUAUGAGGAGGCUCCCAAACUCAAUUACUACCCUCAAACAGCCAAUGCUUGGCAGCUGAACGAACCUAGCCAAUAUACCUUGAAUGUAGCUUAUUAGGAUCUAGACUGGCACUGAAGACAUUGAUUGUACAUAUUUAUGAUAAUAAGUUAUUUUCAUGAAAACGUUUUAACCCUUAA